AAAUAGUAAUAAAUACUUAACAAAUUAAUUAAGAUUUAUAAUAUAUAUACAUUUAUUUUUGAAAUGUAAAAAAAUUUACAUUAGUAGGCUUAGUAGGGGGAGUCUAUAGAGCAAUUAACCCCCAUUUAAGAUAUUAAAAGAAAAUAAAUAUCACUAAAUACUCCUAUUGAUAAGAUAGAUAAUCUAGAUAGAAGAUGGUAAGAAAUUAAAGUGUCAGGAAAGAAUUUGGAAAGUCGUUCUUAUCAUGCGAUUUGCAUAAAUGGAGAUUACUUAUACACUUAUGGAGGUUAUGAAAAUAAUGAAACCAUGAGUUCCUUAUUUGCAAGACUAAAAUUGCAAAACCAUAAUGACAAAUAUGAUUGGGAAAUUAUUACCACAAAAUCAUCAUUAAAUCCUGGAACACGUAGAAGACAUUCUCUUAUUAGCUUUUAAGAUAAAAUCUACUUAUUUGGAGGUUAGACAAGUAAUUAUUAGACUGUUAGAGUGAAUGAUCUAUAUGAAUUCAACAUUUAAUAAAACUAGUGGAAUAUUAUUAAAAAUAAUAACAAAUAAAUUUUAAUUCCUUAAUUGUAUUCUCACAAUGCUUUUAUGUACAAAAAUGAGAUGUACAUAUUUGGCGGUUACUCUACUUAAUCAGGAUAUUCUAAUUAGCUCUAUUCUUUUAAUUUAAUUAAUUUUUCUUGGAGAAUUAUUUAACCAAAUUUAUCUCCAUCAAAACAAAUUACUAAAAGAUCAGGAGCUAGUUUAAGCUUAUACAAUGAUUAUGUUUUUGUUUUUGGUGGCUAAAACGAAGAUACCAGACUAAAUGAUCUUUGGUGCUUAAAUUUAUCAAAAGCUGAUUAGCAGGGGAAUAUUAUUUGGUAGUAGAUAAAUCCUGAACGAGAAAUUCCAUCUAGCAGAAGUGGACAUCAGAGUGUAACUUAUAAAAAUUAUAUUUUUAUAUUUGGAGGUAUGUAUAAUAUGACUUAAGAACUUAAUGAUAUUUAAGCAUACGAUGUAAUUCAGAACAGAUGGAUUUAAGUUCAUACAGAUUCUAAUUUUUUAUAUGCAGAAUCGCCUUUAAAUAAACAUAAAAUGAAAAAUUAGCUCCGUAUACAGAAUGAUAGCAACGACUCUAGAAGUAACAGCAUAAGAUAUAGUUUAAAAAGAGCUGAUAGUUAUUUAACUCAUAAUUCAUAAAAAAAUGAUUCAUAUAUAUAAAAUACUAAUAGAAAGAGCUAGUUUAGAAGAUAAUAGAGCUUAAUUAGUCAUAAUGACAAUUUGUAAGAGGUUUAAAAUUCAAAAAUUUAAAAACAUUAAUACACAUAUGAUAUAGUUUAAAGAGGAGAUAUGAAGAAUACAUAUGGUUAAUUUGGAAAAUAUGUAAAGGAAUAAAAAUAAAAAGAUUUUUAAAUAAAAAAGUAGCACUUUCUUUCAACAUUUGAAAUUGCCCUAGCAAGUGAUAAAUUAUCACCAAUAAAAUAAACUUAAAACUUAUUAAAUAAGCAUUCUAAGCAAAUGGAAACACUAUAUUCCAGAAGCGAUUCUCCUAUGACAGCAGCUUUAAAGACUUCUUUAUAUUAAAUUGGAAAUUAAUCAAAAAAUACAUUUAUGUUAAAUGGUAGUAGUACUUACAAUAGCAAAUUUAAUGAAGCUACAAUAUAAAAUAAAAAAAGUUAAAGUUUAAAUAAAUCAUUUACACUUCAAGCUAUGAAUAUAAAGCUACCACCAAUAUCUUUUGAAAAAGAAAAGAGUAUAGUUGUAGGGAAGAAACCUUGUGCUAGAGACGGCCAUGCUUGCUGUAUUGUCCGUUAAAACUAGCUUUUAAUUUUUGCAGGUGAUAGGCAUAACAUGAGUUUUAAUGAUUUAUAUUUAUUUGAUUUAGAUAUGGCUAUUCAAAAGCAUAUAACUGGUGAACAUUAUGAAUGA